GUGGCGUUUCCGCUCGGGCAGCGGGCUGAGUGAGCUGCUACCGCCGCCGCCGCCGCCGCCGGGGGAGGGGCGGCCGCCGCCCGCCUGCGCUCAGAGACUCACGCAGCCCCAGUCCCGCCAGUCCGCCAACACUGUAGUGCCGGCCCCCCUCCUUCCCUGGCCCUUCCCCCUCCCCGCCUUUGGCUCGCUCCGCCUUUCUGCCCCCCACCCCCACCUCACGGGCACGGGCCAUUCCCGGCCAGGAAACGCCGUGGCGCCGCGUUGGGCCUAACUCGAGUCCUGCUGCCUCCCGGGAGUGCCGUGCGCCGCAGCCCGGGCCCAGGCCUGGGACAAGGUCUUCACAGCUUCUGGCAGAUAAUUUUGGGGGACUUCAUAUUCAGAGGUCUAUAAAAAGGAUUCCUCAUGUCCAUAACAUGUUGGUUGAGGCUCUGCAGCUCACCCCCACUCUCAGAGUGGCCAGUCUCCAAUAAUUGGACCCCGUGAUUUCCACUCUCUGCUGUGUUGGACGUCAUGAGCAUUGCAAUCCCUCUGGGAGUCACCACACCAGAUACAUCCUACUCAGAUAUGGCUGCUGGAUCAGACUAAGAGCAGCUUUAGGAAUUCAGAAUUUGUCGAAAAGUCCAAUCCCUAAAAUAGACUCUCUGUUCUUGAAGAAUUUAAAUGCCAAAUGGCAAUGAAGAAAGGAAGUGGAAGCCCCCUACCUUUCAAGACGAAGUGGCACUACACCAGGAUGUGAAAGUCCAGCGAAAGAGACCCAAGGGGCCUAGGGGGCAGCACACCCCCAGAAGCCAAGUCUAUUCCAGGCAGUACCAGGGAUUAGGGUCUGGGCUGGAAAAAUCCUGGUGUUUUGAAUAUGUUCAGGUCCAGUUCAGACUCUUGAUCCCACAGCCACUUCUUGAGUGAGGGUAUCCUGUCUUGGUAGUGAAUGGAAGAGGGCCUGGUCCCUGGGGCAGUGCAGAAGGCACUUUCAUCAUCUCACUCACUGCAAAUGUCAUGUGAGGUUUCAUGGAAGUAUUAAGAGAUCCAAUUAAGAAGAAUAGUUCUGAGUCUAAACCAGCCCAGAGUGGCUUCUCUAGGGGAAACUCCCUGCUCAGCUGCCCUGAAUCUGUGGAGGCUAGUCCAGCAGUUAAUGAGAAGAGCGUGUAUUCCACUCAUAAUUAUGGGACCACUCAGAGGCAUGGGUGUCGAGGACUGCCUUAUGCUGAUCAUAAUUACGGAGCCCCUCCUCCUCCGACACCUCCUGCUUCUCCCCCUGUCCAGACGAUCAUCCCUCGUUCUGACCUGAAUGGCCUGCCGUCGCCCGUAGAGGAACGCUGUGGAGACAGCCCGAACUCUGAAGGAGAGACUGUUCCUUCCUGGUGUCCUUGUGGUCUUUCUCAGGAUGGCUUCCUUCUCAACUGUGACAAGUGCAGGGGAAUGAGCAGGGGGAAGGUUAUUAGACUUCAUCGGCGGAAGCAGGACAACAUAUCAGGUGGGGAUAGCAGUGCAACAGAAAGCUGGGAUGAGGAGCUUUCUCCUUCCACUGUGUUGUAUACAGCAACACAGCACACACCUACAAGCAUCACCUUAACUGUUAGAAGAACCAAACCCAAGAAGCGGAAAAAGAGUCCAGAGAAGGGUCGUGCAGCACCAAAGACGAAGAAAAUCAAGGCAUUUCGAGAGGGAUCCCGGAAGUCCUUGCGGAUGAAGAAUUCUCCUUCUGAGGCACAAAAUUUAGAUGAGAAUACAACUGAGGGAUGGGAAAAUCGGAUAAGAUUAUGGACUGAUCAGUAUGAAGAAGCCUUCACUAAUCAGUACAGUGCAGAUGUACAGAACGCCCUUGAACAACAUCUACACUCUAACAAGGAAUUUGUGGGCAAACCUGCUGUUUUAGACACUAUUAAUAAGACUGAAUUGGCCUGUAAUAAUACAGUUAUUGGGUCCCAAAUGCAGCUACAAUUGGGAAGAGUCACUCGUGUUCAGAAGCACCGGAAGAUCCUGAGGGCUGCAAGAGAUUUGGCUUUGGACACUCUUAUAAUAGAAUAUCGAGGCAAAGUCAUGUUACGGCAGCAAUUUGAGGUCAAUGGGCAUUUCUUCAAAAAACCAUACCCCUUUGUGCUCUUCUACUCAAAAUUCAAUGGUGUAGAGAUGUGUGUGGAUGCACGUACUUUCGGUAAUGAUGCUCGAUUCAUCAGAAGAUCAUGUACACCAAAUGCAGAGGUGCGACACAUGAUUGCAGAUGGGAUGAUUCAUCUCUGUAUCUAUGCUGUUUCUGCUAUCACCAAGGAUGCUGAGGUCACCAUAGCAUUUGAUUAUGAGUACAGUAACUGUAAUUAUAAAGUGGACUGUGCAUGUCACAAGGGGAACCGGAAUUGCCCUAUACAAAAAAGGAAUCCCAAUGCUGCAGAACCACCACUCCCACCUCCUCCAAGCCUACCUACCAUUGGAGCAGAGACGAGACGUAGAAAAGCACGACGGAAAGAGCUAGAGAUGGAGCAGCAGAAUGAGGCCCCUGAAGAGGAUAACAGCCAGCAACCAGAGCAAGCUCCUGAGAAAGUAACUGUAUCCAGUGACCAUGAGGAAAUAGACAAUCCAGAAGAAAAAGCAGAAGAGGAGAAAGAAGAGGUUGCAGAUGACCAGGAGAGCCCAGCUCAUAGCAGGAGGACCCGGGAAGAUAGGAAGGUUGAAGCCAUCAUGCAUGCUUUUGAAAACUUAGAGAAAAGAAAGAAGCGGCGAGAUCAGCCCUUGGAACAAAGCAGUUCUGAUGUAGAGAUUGCUGCCACCACCUCAGAGACUCCUUUGGGAGAGGAGACAAAAACUGAAGCCCCUGAACCUGAAGUUAGCAACCCUGCUUCAAAUGUUGCCGUCACAAGCAACCCACAGAGUGUUGGAGUGAACACCCGGAGGUCUUCCCAAGCAGGAGAUAUUGCUGCAGAAAAACCAGUCCCCAAACCACCUCCAGCAAAGCCUUCUCGGCCCCGACCUAAGAGUCGAAUUUCUCGGUACCGGACCAGUUCAGCCCAAAGACUAAAGCGUCAAAAGCAGGCCAUUGCACAGCAGGCAGAGCUGUCACAAGCUGCCUCGGAAGAAGGGGGAAAUAACAGCUCAGUAACUCCUACUGAAGCUGGAAAUGUAGACAGUUCGGGAGAAAACAGGCAAUUAACAGGGUCUGACCCAACUGUGGUAUCAGUUACUGGAUCCCAUGUCAACCGUGCUGCAUCUAAAUACCCCAAAACCAAAAAGUAUCUAGUUACAGAAUGGUUGAAUGACAAAGCUGAGAAGCAAGAAUGUCCUGUUGAGUGCCCUUUACGUAUCACCACGGACCCAACUGUACUGGCAACGACCCUGAACAUGUUACCUGGUCUUAUCCAUUCCCCGUUAAUUUGCACCACCCCCAAACACUACAUUCGCUUUGGCUCACCCUUUAUCCCUGAGAGGCGUCGAAGGCCACUUCUGCCUGAUGGCACGUUCAGCUCCUGUAAAAAGCGAUGGAUAAAGCAAGCCUUGGAAGAAGGGAUGACCCAAACAUCAUCUGUACCCCAAGAGACUAGAACUCAGCACCUAUACCAAAGUAAUGAGAACAGUAAUUCUUCUAGUAUCUGCAAAGACAAUGCAGACUUGUUGAGCCCAUUAAAGAAAUGGAAGUCUCGCUAUCUGAUGGAGCAGAAUGUCACCAAGUUACUGCGGCCUCUUUCUCCAGUCACACCACCCCCUCCCAAUCCAGGCUCAAAGAGCCCCCAGCUGACCACACCUGGCCCAUCUCACCCAGAAGAGGAGUGUCGAAAUGGAUACAGCCUCAUGUUCUCACCAGUCACAUCUCUUACUACUGCUAGUCGCUGCAAUACUCCUCUGCAAUUUGAGAACAUAUCCUCCCCUGAGAGUUCCCCUGCGAAUAGGCCCGAGUCCCUGUCACCCGAGCUUUGUCACCGAAAAGACCUGGACUUGACAAAAGUAGGCUACCUUGACUCCAACACUAACAGCUGUGCUGACAGACCUUCCCUGAUCAACUCGGGUCAUUCUGACCUGUCUCCUCAUCCCUCUGUCGGACCCACCUCUGAGACUGGUUUUACAAGCAGAAGUGGAGAAGGACAUCAGACUCUUGGGAGAAACUCGGACCAGACAUUUCGGACAGAGUUUAACUUGAUGUAUGCCUACUCCCCAUUGAACGCUAUGCCUCGAGCAGAUGGAUUGUAUCGAGGGUCUCCCCUAGUAGGGGAUAGAAAGCCUUUACAUUUGGAUGGGGGCUAUUGUUCCCCUGCAGAAGGCUUUCCCAGCAGAUAUGAACAUGGUUUUCUGAAAGACCUCUCUCGUGGAUCCAUGUCACCUGGUGGCGAAAGGACUUGUGAAGGAGUCCCAUCUGUCCCCCAGAACCCACCACAGAGGAAAAAGGUAUCCCUGUUGGAGUACCGCAAACGGAAACAAGAAGCCAAGGAAAAUUCUGCUGGUGGGGGAGGUGACUCCACACAGAGCAAAAGCAAGUCUGCAGGAGCUGGGCAAGGCGGCAGUAACUCACUUUCUGACACUGGUGCCCAUGGUGUGCAGGGAUCCUCAGCCCGAACCCCAUCUUCCCCUCACAAAAAAUUCUCCCCGUCUCAUUCCUCUAUGUCUCAUCUGGAGGCGGUAAGCCCAUCAGAUUCCAGAGGCACUUCGUCUCACUGCAGACCUCAAGAGAGUAUCAGCAGUAGGUGGAUGGUUCCCACAUCGGUAGAACGACUCCGAGAAGGAGGGAGCAUCCCCAAGGUCCUCCGAAGCAGUGUGAGGGUGGCCCAAAAAGGAGAGCCUUCUCCCACAUGGGAGAGUAACAUCACAGAGAAAGACUCAGACCCUGCCGAUGGUGAAGGCCCAGACACACUGAGCUCAGCACUCUCUAAAGGAGCAGCCGUUUACAGCCCUUCCAGAUACACCUACCAGCUCCUGCAGUGUGAUAGUCCACGGACAGAAUCACAAAGCCUCCUUCAACAGAGUUCCUCCCCCUUUAGAGGACAUCCCACCCAGUCUCCGGGAUACAGUUAUCGAACUACUGCACUGAGACCUGGGAACCCCCCUUCUCAUGGUUCUUCAGAAUCCUCCCUCUCUUCCACGUCCUAUUCCAGCCCCGCCCACCCUGUGUCCACAGACUCGUUGGCCCCAUUUACGGGGACACCAGGGUAUUAUAGCAGCCAGCCACAUUCUGGAAACAGCACCGGCAGCAGUCUUCCAAGGAGGAGCUGCCCUUCUAGUGCUGCUAGCCCUACCCCACAGGGCCCCUCAGACUCGCCGACCUCAGACUCGGUUUCCCAGUCCAGCACAGGAACUCUGAGUUCCACCUCCUUUCCUCAGAACUCUAGGUCGUCAUUGUCAUCAGACUUCCGGACUAUCAGUCUGCCCAGUGCUGGGCAGUCAGCUGCCUACCAGGCCUCCAGGGUAUCUGCGGUUUCCAAUUCACAGCACUACCCACAUCGAGGGAGUGGGGGUGUGCACCAGUACCGACUCCAGCCACUGCAGGGGUCGGGGGUCAAGACUCAGACAGGACUUUCCUAGGGCUUCUGGAUUUGGGCAAACAGAACUUGAAUGAGCCCAUAGCUGCUUCCUUCCAGCUGCCUCUGGAACCUAGGCCGAGCAUAUUGCUGGGGAAGGGGGUACAAGGUGCCAGAGGAUUGGGUCUGGUCGACAAGAAACAAGACUUGUGGUCACGACUGGCUCUGGCCUUGGAGAAAGAUGUAAAUCUUGUCUGAAGCAGAGACUAUAAAGAAGUUUCUCCCUGCUGUUAAGGGUACAUUGUUGACAAGCAAAUGGUGUUUUCGGUUAGUAACAAUUCUAAGUGCAAUGAGUUGUGUUGAAGCCUCCAUCUCCCAUCCUUGCCUGUAGCCCAUAGUCACUUGUGCAGUGAGGACAUCUUUUUAAAUCCAAAAAAGAUAAAAGUUUUCAAAGGAAAAAGUGAAAAGAGCCAAUCUCAAAGCCCCAAGCCAUCUGAGUAGUGUUAGGGUUUUAUGCACUUAAGAAAAAAGGUGGGUAUAUAAAAUAACCAUUCCAAAAGCAGGUAUCUGGCCAAGGUGUGUUCACUGAGAAUAUUCCUUACCUUUGUCUUAAAAACACCAAGAGGCAGGGAUAGUGAAGCUUGGUGUGUGCUCUGAGGGGUUCCUGGAUCUCUGAAGAAGUACUCAUGGUCAGUUCUUGACUAUUCAGAAGCAGAUUAUCGUAGUAAAUUGUCUGAGCCCCCAGCUGGUACCAACCCACUCCCCUUCCCCAAGCUGUUUCACAGCUCAGUAACCCAUGAAGUAAGUAGGCAAAGAAAAGAGAGAUGGGCCAAUUGCAUUGCUACUUACCAGCCAUUGACAAUGCAUUUGAUUAGGAAGGUCCCAAGUAGUUUGGGAGUUCUUUGAAUUUUAUUUUUUCUACUCCUAGUUAAUCAGGAGUUGCCAAUCCCCUGAGUAGGACCGCCUCCAUGAUUGGAGAGCAUGCACUCGUGACUGCAGGGUAAGAGUGGAAAGCUUUGAUUGUGGAAUGGCACCGACAGGACUGUGAUUGUGUGUGGGCAUGUCCCACGUUUCUUUGGGAGAUGCUUAUUUGAGCGUGGCCCAGAUGAGAGUGUUUUAAAGCCACCCACACACCUAAUGACAGCUGUUCUGGAUGAGAGAUGAGAGCAGACUGGCUUCUCCCCAUCAGUGCAUUGUGCCUGUUGUACACCCCUGGAGGAGCCCUGGGGCCAGCCAGGUGGGGUACACAAUCUUUUUAAAUUCCAUACGGUUGCCAGCUUAUUUCUUUCACUUGUUUACUGUAAUAUCCGGCGUGUUUUUAUUUAUCUAAUUUUUGUAUUCAGUUAUAACCAUGGUAGGGGUAGCAAAUAUCUGACAGGUGUAAUCCCUGGUGCUGCAGUGGACCUUACUUCUUUCUUUUGGACAAGAUAAUACUGUGAGUCUCCCUCCUUCCCUCCAAUUUGUUUUUUCCUUUUUUCCCUCAGCCUCUUGCAUCCCCUUUUCUUUCUACCCUCUCCUACAACUAUCAUAUGCACAGUCUUCUCUCUUUGUGUGUGACUGUUACAAAAUUUCACUUUUUCAAAAUUCAAAUCAGGUGUUUGCUCAAAUGAGGGGAGAUUUUUUUUUAAUGCUGAAACGUCAGCAGAAUACUUUCCUUUAUGUUGUUUCCCCCACAAACCCAUCAGUCUGGGAGAGCGUUGGAGUGGAAAUCAUGUUGCCUGGGAUGCUGGUUUCUUUGUAUAUUAUAUAAAACGUAUGUAAAUGUCUCUCCAUUUGGGCUGGGGUUUGCAUUCUCCCCUUGGCUAUUAACCAAGGGGAGAGGCCAGCGGGCAGGCGGCCCUCACCCUGCCUGGCACGUGCAGAGACCCCAGCCACUCUGUGUGGGCAGGGUGCUGUCAAGACCAGACCUCUGGGGGGGGUGGGGCGGGGGGUGGGGGGGACUCUUGGAAGGGAAGAAGUAUCACUUCUUUCUCAAGUGGAGUGUUUACACCUUGCUGUAACAUUUGAACUUUCACAAGAGAUGUAAUAAUUUUGAUAAUAAAAUUCUUAACCAUAA